CUUUUCGUUCGUGCCUUCCCUGAGAAAGCUCCCCUGCCCAGCUGAGCUCUGCGUGAGGCUUACAUGGAGAGCUCCGAGCUAUAGCUUAUAAUCGGGAAGUUCUCCAGCCUCAAAAUUUUCUCAAACCCUCACACCACUGUCGUUCCUGGCUUCAAGUCUUUGAUCAAAAAUUCUUCCAAUUACUUUCAGAGAACGCCAAUCAGCUCGAAAACAACAAUGUAUGCAUCAAUCGGCUUUCUUGCAGGCCUAGCAGCCACUGUGGUUGCAAAAACCAUCGUCAUCACCGCCGGCACUGGCGGAUUGGCGUUCUCUCCCGACACCAUGACCGCUGCUGUAGGCGAUGUACUGGAAUUCCACUUCGUGGGCAGCAUCCACACUGCCGUGCAAGGCGACUUCAGUUCUCCAUGUGUCCAGUCCAGCGGGGGUUUUGACUCUGGAAAAAUCAGCAGCGCCAGCGUCUUCCAAGUCACAGUGAAAAACACCGAUCCGAUGUGGUUCUUCUGCGCAACACCCACUCAUUGCCAAGGCGGUAUGGCCGGCGUCGUGAACCCACCUUCAACUGGCGAUUCCCUGGCUGCUUAUAAAUCCGCGGCGGGAAAUGCACCUUCUUCGUCAUCAUCUGGGAAGGUAUCAGGUGGCGUCGUUUUGCCAGUAGGAAGCUCUGGCUCAAGCUCCAGCGCGACUCCCGCCCCGCCAUCCACUUUCUCAGGUGCUAGCGCAGCAACCUCCACUGUAUCGGGUGUAGCUACUGCUUCUCCUUCGAGUAUGACACCGGCAGGAGCCGGGAGUCCAACCAGUAGCUCUUCGGGAACGACGUCCCCGACGCCUAAUUCUACUGGGGCAGGAAACUCGCUGAUCGCGACGAGUGGAAAUAUCGUGCCUCUCGGUCUUGUGUUCGGGUUAGGGGCUUUCGUUGUUUUGAUGGCUUGAGGAAGAAGAUACGAGAGCAAAGUUAGGGAAUUCGUGGCUUGGAAAUGUUGGCUCCAUUUCAAAGUUACGGUGGGAAUAAUAUGCGUUACAUGUUCUUUCAUACAUCUGGCAAAGAAGGUCGAAACUCUCUCGUUGCAUUCUUCCCUUUCGUCGAGUAUUAGGAACUACCCACCCCACACCUCGAGAGCAGCAAGGAAAGCUUCUGUUCCAUUUGAUCUCUUCUCUUAGCAAAAUCGAAAGUUAUUAAAAUUGAACUACCUGGCAAGAAAAGAAGAAAGUCAGAAAUAGCAUCACUGAGUUCAGUUAACGAAUGGUAAAAUGAAUGCAGCAG